AUGUCUGUUAAAUUUGCUAGAUAUGCCAUGGAAUUGCUAAGAUUUAAUGAAGCAGCUGGUGUUGAAGUAGUUGUGAUGGCAUAUCUCCGAAGUAUUUUCAUACCGAGAGUUUUAAGUGCUCUUGAUUGCAAUAUUAUGUCAGGAUGCAAAGGAGAGAUGGGAAAGGUCUUGCUCUUUGUCAUCCAGGGAGUUGCUGCAGCGUUACCACAGUCUUUGGUUUAUGAUUUAUUUCUUCUAGACGCCACCCUAGCGCUCCCCAUCCCUCCAACGCUGGUGUGGGGAAGCUCCUCCGCACUGCCACACGCUCCUCCACGGCGCAGCCACGUUGAUGUCCUCCCAUCCAAGGAGCCCGCCGUGGAGGCGCUCCGCGGCACCGAGCCGCCCACGCGGUGGGUCACGCGGCAGGAGGAUGGAAGACACGGCACACACAUGACACCUACAUCAGCGACACGGGACUCCAUCGAUCUGCCUCCUGCCCCAUGGUUAGCCUCUUUAUCUCCACAACUUCACCUUCCACCAGACCUAGAUGCUAGACAUUUUGAUGUAUGUGUGCUAUAUCUCCUUGCUGCACACGAUGUGUUUGUUGAAAUGGCUCAGAUGAUCCAUAUAUCUCAGCGCAAGCAUGGAAGGGCCAGAGGUGAUCCGAGGCUUGGGUGUUCUGGAGGGAUAGCCAUUUCAAGAAGCUCCAUGGGUCCCGUACCAUUCGAGCCAAGGUCUGUUGAGAAGCCUGUGUCAUUUGACAAUAUUUGUGUUAGGGCAUUUGUAUUAGAUUGUUGUAUAAGAUAG